ACGAAGCGUGAGGCGAGGCUUUGAGGCAUGGAACACCGAGUGCGAUUGGAUUGGACUCGUGCACGUGCUCGAGUGUAGUGCAGUGUGCAUCCAUUCGGACUGAUGUACAUGAGCAGAGCAGAGCAUUGCAUUGCUGCGUCGGAAUCUGGCAGUGGUGUAGUUUCAAAACUCUUGGCUGUGAACUGUAAAUUUGGAAAUUGACAUCAAAAUCUCCACAACAUUUGAAAUUCGGAGCACCGUGGUGGUAAAAAUUGUGUGUUCUCUUCCUCCAGCUCUGAGCUAAAGAGCGGAGAGAGCGUCCGACACUGCUUUGGAUUUCUUAUAGGAUGAGAGUGAUGAGUCAUCUUCCUUUUGAAGGAACUUGCGCUGCGUCUGUGUCUUGGAGCUGCUCUUCUCCUUUUUCCUUUUUGCCACAAAGGGCUGGGAAGAAAUUCAUUUGCUUAUCGCCGCGCUCAGAAGCCGUUACCAGUGUGUCCCAAAAUGGCGAUUUCCGUCCUGCAUUGGAUUCAAAGAGGCCGUCCUCGAGUGGACCCGAGAGGAGAGUUAUUCAUAAAACUGCCGCGGUGGUGGAACCUUUUGGCGAAGAAGGAUUUGGUCAGCUAUGUCAAGUGAUUCAGAAGAGUUUUGGUGAGCGUGCCACUCGCCUUCGAAGCAACUCAAGUCUGUCAAAGAAGGGAAGGUCAGAUUUCUUACUUGCUGAGACUCGUGAAGGUGGAGCAUCAGCGAAAAAUCACGUACUAAAUGUGAAUUAUUUUUCUCCCGACGUCACAUCACACCAAUCCACUGCUGUCUACAAGAACUUUGUCAACGAAUUACAAGACUUUGAAUCUGAGGACAGAGCCCCUAUUGAAAGUAGAGAUCCAUCGACCAGAACUUUGUAUCUGGUUGAUGUCCAUCCACUAUGCUACGAAGGAAAAAAGCCACGGCCUACGGCCAUUUUGAAGUGGUUGAAGCUUCUUUUUGAUCAAGUCACCCAUGAAGAUCCCGUUAUUGCAGUGAUGGAUGGAGAGCGGGGAAAUGACUAUAGAAGACAGUUGCUACCGUGCUAUAAGGCUAAGAGAAAUAAGUACAAGCCUUUAUCAGGUGUGCGCGGGCCGUAUUACAAAGGAGAUGAAAUGGACCUUCGGGAGGCAUUUCCACAAAUUCAGGCUUUUCUUGCACAGUGCAAUGUUCCGGUGCUGAAAAUCGAAGAUGCAGAGGCAGAUGAUGUUGUGGCAACCUUAAUGCACCAGGCAGUCAGUAAGGGUAUGAGAGUGGUUGUCGCAUCUCCGGAUAUGGACUUUCGCCAACUACUGUCGGAAAAAGUGAACAUGCUGCUUCCAUUACCAGAAUUUGGACGAUGGUCCUUUUAUACCCUCGAGCAAUACAUAGCACAGAACUCCUGCGAGCCUAGUUUGGACCUCGGCCUCCGAUGUAUCAUGGGAGAUUCCAGCGAUAACGUUCCUGGGUUGCCAGAUUUGGCCCCAGGGUUUGGGCGAAAGACCGCUUUGAAGCUCAUGAAGAAGCAUGGCUCUCUUGAAAGUUUGCUAGUCGCAGCUAAAACCAGGACAGUUGGGAGACCCUAUAUACAAGACGCCCUGACGCAACAUGCAGACGUUCUGUAUAGAAAUCUUCAAGUGUUGAAGCUAAGAAGAGAUGUCGGUAUCACAUUGAAAGAGGAGUGGUGUAGACGGCGGGACAGGUCCAGAGAGCUACAAGCUUUCCACAUGUUGGAGAAGAACUUGAUGCGAAAAUCUUGAAGAGUAGAAUUAAAGACGUGGUUCUUUGCCUAUGUAUACAUAUGAAUGACCAUUUGUGCAGUAUUUGUACCCAAGUUAUUGAAACAAUAUUCAAAGAUGGAUUCGGUCUGGUCAAACCUGGUUGAAACACGUGAUCAUUUAGCUGAAACGGUUAGUUUAGCAUAGGGGUUUACAAGUAUACAUCCAAUAUCUGUUAUACUUUCAGUGCAAGAAGAACCAUCCAAGCCUCCGUGUUCGAGAGGGAUCUAGCAAUUCGGUCGAUGAAAUAUGCAUAUGAGUUGAAAGAGGUGUGUUGAU